AUGGACUCAAUCGCUCUGGAGCGAGAACGGGGAAUCACAAUCGCGAGUAAGUACACGUCGGUCACGUUCACAGGAACCACGCUCAACCUUGUGGACACGCCGGGCCAUGCCGACUUUGCAGGGGAGGUGGAGCGGGUGAUGGGGAUGGUAGAUGGGGCGCUACUAUUGGUUGACGUGGCGGAGGGCCCGUUGGCUCAGACCAAGUUUGUGUUGGGGAAGGCGCUGCAGAGAGGCUUAAAGCCCAUCGUCGUGCUCAACAAGUGCGACCGGCCCUCAGGUGAUUUCGACAAAGUCUCAGCUAUCGACCCGCCCACCAUCGCCAUGACCUUCAGCGUCAAUGACUCUCCCCUAGCAGGGAGGCACGGCACCCAGAUGACUGGGCCAAAGAUUGGUGCACGGCUCAAGGCAGAGGUGGCGACCAAUGUGUCUCUGGGCAUGGAGGCGGGUCCCUCUGCGGAUGCCUUCAAGGUGCUGGCGAGGGGCGAGAUGCAGCUGGGUGUGCUUAUAGAGAGUAUGCGCAGGGAGGGAUUUGAGCUCUCCAUAUCGCCACCGUCCGUGGUCUACCGGGAGGAGGGUGGGAAGAAACUGGAGCAGAUUGAAGAGCUUAUGGUGGAGGUGGACGAGGAGUUUACAGGAGCGGUCAUCGAUGCCAUCUCUCUCAGAAAAGGGGAGCUCCUCGACAUGAUCACAGAAUCCACCUCUUCCUCCUCAUCGUCUUCCGAUUCCAGCUCAUCUGUUGCUGACUCAGCAGCAUCUGCCACGUCACCACCAUCACCAUCCACGUCAUUGCCCUCCUCUCUCAGCUCAGCAUCCUCGUCCCUCUCCCGUACACGGCUGCUCUUCACCUGCCCUUCCAGGGGCCUUCUAGGAGUGCGAGGGGUGCUCAACACGGCCACCAGAGGCACAGCAGUGCUGCACCGCUCCUUCCUGCGUACCAUCACUGCCCUUGCCCUCUCCUCUCUUGAAGCUCGAGGCACUCUUUUUGUUAGCCGUGAGGACGAGACGUACGACAGGCAUCUCAUAGGAGAGAAUGCCAGGGACGAUGAUAUGGAG